UUUUUGCUCUGUUUUCCUCUGUUCAGGAGAACGAGAGAGAGUAGAGAGAGAGAGUGUAGAGAGAGAGAGAAGCAAAAAUGUCAGGCGAAGAAGUAUUCGUUGGGUCCAUAGAUCAAGGCACAACCAGCACCAGAUUCAUCAUCUACGACCGCUCUGCCAAACCCGUCGGAUCUCACCAAGUCGAAUUCACUCAAUUCUAUCCUCAAUCAGGAUGGGUGGAGCACGACCCGACGGAAAUUCUCGAGAGUGUGAGGCUCUGUAUUGCGAAGGCCGUUGAUAAGGCCACCGCCGCCGGUCACAAUGUCGACAGCGGGUUGAAAGCCAUCGGUCUGACCAAUCAGAGAGAGACAACUGUCAUUUGGAGCAAAUCCACCGGCUCCCCUCUUUACAACGCCAUUGUUUGGAUGGAUGUACGCACCAGUCCUAUUUGCAGAAAACUGGAGAAAGAGUUACCAGGGGGAAGAACACAUUUCACCGAGGCAUGUGGUUUGCCAAUAAGCACUUAUUUCAGUGCACUCAAAGUGCUGUGGCUGUUAGAAAAUGUCGAAGCAGUGAAAAAAGCCGUUGAGAAAGGAGACGCACUCUUCGGCACAAUCGACACGUGGCUGAUCUGGAAUCUGACAGGUGGCAAGGGGAAAGGCCUCCAUGUCACUGACGUGUCCAAUGCUUCUAGAACAAUGCUGAUGAACCUCAAGAACCUCGAUUGGGACAAAACCAUUCUCGAAACCCUAGGUAUCCCCUCCGAAAUCCUCCCCAAAAUAGUGAGCAACUCGGAAGUCAUCGGAACCAUUGGAAAAGGGUGGCCGGUGACCGGAAUCCCGAUCUCCGGCUGCCUCGGCGACCAGCACGCCGCCAUGGUGGGCCAGGCCUGCCGGAAGGGUGAAGCCAAGAGCAACGGCACAGGUGCUUUCAUACUUUUGAACACCGGUGAAGAAAUUAUCCAAUCAAAUCACGGGCUUUUGUCCACCCUGGCGUACAAGCUGGGCCCCAAUGCUCCGACGAACUACGCUCUGGAGGGGUCGAUCGCGAUCGCCGGUGCGGCGGUGCAGUGGCUGAGGGACAGUCUCGGAAUCAUCAAAACCGCGGGGGAGAUUGAGGAGCUGGCAUUGCAGGUGGAUUCUUCGGGUGGGGUCUACUUUGUGCCGGCUUUUAAUGGGCUUUUUGCACCGUGGUGGAGGGAUGAUGCGCGUGGGGUUUGUAUCGGAAUUACGAGGUUUACGAACAAGUCCCAUAUUGCUAGGGCGGUGCUCGAGAGCAUGUGUUUUCAGGUGAAGGAUGUCUUGGAUUCGAUGAACAAGGAUGCGGGGGAGAAGGGGGAGGCGAAGAAUGACAAGGGGGAGUUUGUGCUUAGGGUUGAUGGCGGUGCUACUGUCAAUAACCUACUCAUGCAAAUUCAGGCGGACUUGUUAGGUAGCCCGGUGGUGAGACCAGCUGAUAUAGAGACAACUGCGCUGGGAGCAGCGUAUGCCGCCGGAUUAGCUGUCGGAGUUUGGACGGAAAACGAGAUAUUUUCUUCGGUGGAGAAGCAGGAAAAGCCCACCGUAUUCCGACCAGUACUCGGUGAAGAAGUGAGGAAGAAGAAGGUUGAGUCAUGGUGCAAGGCUGUUUCCAGAACUUUUGACUUGGCUGAUCUCUCUCUGUAAUUAUAUUUUAUAUAUAUAUGUAUGCACUCUUUUAUAGCUACACUUCCAGUUUUCCACUGCUUUUGCUUAUUUGCUUAAAUUAAUAAACUUUUUUUUUUUUGCUUUGUUUAAACUGAUGCAUCUGCUGUAAUAACAUUGUUUUGUAAUAACAGCAAGAAUGUCUUUUCCUGUUUUGAGUUGAU